UUCAAAACCAUCAACGACCAAAAACUCUCUCAACAAAAAAAAAGAAAAAAAUUUCUUUCAACAAUGGCCAUGCCUGAAAAUUUAACGAGAGAACAAUGUCUCUAUUUAGCAAAACUAGCCGAACAAGCCGAACGUUACGAAGAAAUGGUUAAAUUCAUGGAAAAACUCGUUAUCGGGUCGGGUCAAUCCGAGCUAACCGUUGAAGAACGAAAUCUCUUAUCCGUUGCGUAUAAGAACGUAAUCGGGUCGCUCCGAGCUGCUUGGAGGAUAGUUUCGUCAAUUGAACAAAAAGAAGAAGGUAGGAAGAAUGAUGAACAUGUGGUAUUAGUGAAGGAUUAUAGAUCUAAAGUUGAAUCUGAACUAAGUGAUGUUUGUGGUGGGAUUUUGAAGAUUUUGGAUCAGCACUUGAUACCUUCAGCUAAUGCUGGUGAAUCGAAAGUGUUUUAUUUGAAGAUGAAAGGAGAUUAUUAUCGUUAUUUAGCUGAGUUUAAAGUUGGUAAUGAAAGGAAGGAUGCGGCUGAGGAUACUAUGCUUGCUUACAAAGCUGCUCAGGACAUUGCUCUUACGGAGCUUGCCCCAACACAUCCGAUACGACUUGGGCUAGCUCUCAAUUUCUCAGUGUUCUACUAUGAGAUUCUGAAUGCAUCAGAAAAAGCAUGCAACAUGGCUAAACAGGUUAGUUCAUUUCUCUUUCUCCUAUUGCGUGUUCACCUCUUCUCCCUCCCACAGCUGAGCAAGUAAUGACAGUUUGUCAUACUGUCCUU